AGAGUGGAGUAAAGGAUCCGAAUACAGUACAGUACAUAUAAAGCUCGAGCUUUUAGUAUGUUUCUGCCUAGGUGACGACAAACAGUAGGGUAUGGGUCUGGCUUUUAGUGCCUUUCUCGGCGGGUCGCGGAAGCUAAAAUCCCCCGCAGUUCCAGAAAUCUUAAAUCGUUGCUUUUCCUCUCUCUCUUUACUCUUAUUCUCGGCUCUUCAACAUCCUGGUUUACGUUUUACAACGAUGCAGAUCCAUAUCCGGAGAUUCACUGCAGAUGGAUUUCAUAAGAGGUCUAGAUAUUCGAGUCUCAAGGCGAGGAAUUGCCCCAUCAACCCCAUAACAACGGGUUGCUCACGUCUUAAACCGUGACGAGCAAUGGAGAUGAACUUUUGGUUCGGCUGAGGUCUUGGAUGAGAAACCAAAGGCUCUUUCGCUAGAAAAAAUGACAAAAAUGUUUGCCGGAAAGGACAACAGAGAUGGUCUAGGUCGAACAUACACCAAGAAAAAACAGACGCCCCAGAUUAAUCGCAAUAAAAGCAGCUCA